AUGUCGGUGUUCGGGAAGCUGUUCGGGGCUGGAGGGGGUAAGGCCGGCAAGGGCGGCCCGACCCCCCAGGAGGCCAUCCAGAGGCUUCGGGACACGGAGGAGAUGCUAAGUAAGAAGCAGGAAUUCCUGGAGAAGAAGAUCGAGCAGGAGCUGACGGCUGCCAAGAAGCACGGCACUAAAAACAAGCGCGCAGCACUUCAGGCCCUGAAGCGCAAGAAGAGGUAUGAAAAGCAGCUGGCGCAGAUCGAUGGCACGCUGUCAACAAUCGAGUUCCAGCGAGAGGCCCUGGAGAAUGCCAACACCAACACCGAGGUGCUCAAGAACAUGGGCUAUGCCGCCAAGGCCAUGAAGGCUGCCCACGACAACAUGGACAUCGAUAAAGUUGAUGAGUUAAUGCAGGACAUUGCUGACCAGCAGGAACUUGCAGAAGAGAUUUCAACAGCUAUUUCAAAACCUGUAGGGUUUGGAGAAGAGUUUGACGAGGAUGAGCUCAUGGCAGAAUUAGAAGAACUAGAACAGGAGGAACUAGACAAGAAUUUGCUGGAAAUCAGUGGACCGGAAACAGUCCCUCUACCAAGUGUUCCCUCUAUAUCCCUACCAUCAAAACCCGCCAAGAAGAAGGAAGAGGAAGACGACGACAUGAAGGAAUUGGAGACCUGGGCUGGAACCAUUUAA